AUGGAUAUCGAAACAACCGGAGCAGAUGAAUCAACCCCGUUGCAUCAAGCAUCGAAAAAAGGGCAAGCCGAAGUGGUUAAAUUUUUAUUGCGUCAAGGUGCCAAUACUGAGACAACGUGUGGAGCAGACGAUGCAACCCCAUUGCAUGAUACGAGUGAUGAAAGAGUUCUACAACUAUUUCUGGGUCCUAGUCAUCGAGCCAACUUGGAAGCACGGAAUGAAUUGAAACAAACACCAUUGCAUCUUGCUGCAAGUCAGGGUCGACUGGAGGCCGCCCAAAUGCUUUUGGAUGGAGGUGUGGAUAUGGAAGCAACAGACUCUUUUGGACUUACGCCAUUGGAUCAGGCGUGUUAUAGCGGUUUUGUGGAGGUGGCUCGGCUGUUGUUGGAUCGCGGUGCAGCAAUAGAAAGGAAACCAAAUUUGGAAACGACCCCAUUGUAUCACGCCGCUGGCCAAGGAAAGACGGAAGUUGUCUGGCUACUCCUUUGCCGAUAUCCAUGGCUGGUGGAGAGACGUUCCGAAUACCAUGAUCAGGAUCGAAAGACCAAAAGACGACGGAUCCAGUACGAGCCAUGA